GGAAAUGAUCACGAAGAAAUAAGACAUGUAUACCAGGGGACCGUAAUGUAACCAUGUCUGCUUGUCUGAAGUGGACCCUCUUGAUUGUCAGCUCCAUGGCGGGCCACCUUGCAGGACAACUCGAUGAACCUAGAAAUGUGAAAAUAGAGUCCAGGAACUACAGUCUCUUUCUCACAUGGCUUCCAGCUCCUGAAAAUCCUUCUUUUGUAACCUAUGAAGUACAGUACACCAACGAUAUAUACAGAUGGACACCCGUCCCUGCAUGUGAAAAUAUCUCCAUUACAGAGUGUGACUUUAGCUGUAUCCUUAUGAAAUUUUGGGACUGGAACCACACAGUACAAGUGCGAACUGUUUCUCCUGCCAGAUCUCCAUGGGUUCAAAUUCAAAAUAUAGAAUACAUGUUUACAGUGGACCCGGACCCUCCAAAUCUAACUGUAACUCAAGGAGAUGACUCUAUAACUGUUAAUGCCUCUACACAGAUGCCAGUUUGUGUACGACCAUACAUCAUUUCUAGGGCUUUGACAUAUUUCGUGAUGAUCCAGAAUAAAUACAAUACAAAUGAGGUAUAA